GGUCAUGUUGAGAUGGAGAGGCUGUGGGAUGCCUGUAGCAACCUAGACCACUUGCAUUGCAGCCGAGCUAGCAGCAGCUGGUGCCCCGCCAGGCCCCGCGUACCUUCCCAGGGUCUUGGAUCCGCAUCCCCGAGACCCUCGAUUUGCAUACGCCGCUCACAGCCCGGCCAGGCCCCGCCUCCGAUCCCGGCCAGGCCCCGCCUCCGAUCCCGCUCUUUGCAUAUCACCAGGGCAAGGGGUAGGCUCGGGCUGGGGAGCGGGCGCGGGCACGGGCACGCCGGCAGCCCGCCGAGGGGGACGCAGGGCACGUCGCCCCGCCCUGCCCGCCCGCCCGCUGCGGCAGCGCGUCCGGAAGCGCUUGGGGCGGCGAGCAUGGCGGCAGCGGCGGCAGGCCUGGGCGGCGGCGCCGGCCCGGGACCCGAGGCCGGGGACUUCCUGGCCCGCUACCGGCUGGUAUCGAACAAGCUGAAGAAGCGGUUCCUGCGGAAGCCGAACGUGGCGGAGGCCGGCGAGCAGUUCGGACAGCUGGGCCGGGAGCUGCGCGCCCAGGAGUGUCUGCCCUACGCGGCCUGGUGCCAGCUGGCGGUGGCGCGCUGCCAGCAGGCGCUCUUCCACGGGCCCGGGGAGGCGCUGGCCCUCACCGAGGCCGCCCGCCUCUUCCUGCGGCAGGAGCGCGACGCGCGCCAGCGCCUGGUCUGCCCCGCCGCCUACGGGGAGCCGCUGCAGGCCGCCGCCAGCGCCCUGGGCGCCGCGGUGCGUCUGCACCUGGAGCUGGGCCAGCCGGCCGCCGCCGCCGCCCUCUGCCUCGAGCUGGCCGCCGCCCUGCGCGACCUGGGCCAGCCGGCCGCCGCCGCCGGUCACUUCCAGCGCGCCGCCCAGCUCCAGCUGCCCCAGCUGCCCCUGGCCGCGCUGCAGGCGCUUGGCGAGGCCGCCUCCUGCCAGCUGCUGGCGCGCGACUACACUGGCGCCCUGGCGGUCUUCACGCGCAUGCAGCGCCUGGCGCGGGAGCACGGCAGCCACCCGGUGCAGUCACUGCCGCCGCCCCCGCCGCCGGGACCCCAGCCCGGGCCCGGGCCCGGGGCGACGCCCGCCCUACCGGCCGCGCUGCUUCCUCCGAACUCCGGCUCGGCGGCGCCCUCUCCCGCCGCCCUGGGCGCCUUCUCGGACGUGCUGGUCCGCUGCGAAGUGUCCCGCGUGCUGCUGCUGCUGCUCCUGCAACCACCGCCCGCCAAGCUGCUGCCGGAGCACGCCCAGACCCUGGAGAAGUACUCCUGGGAGGCUUUUGACAGCCACGGGCAGGAGAGCAGCGGCCAGCUUCCCGAGGAGCUCUUUCUGCUGCUCCAGUCUUUGGUCAUGGCUACCCACGAAAAGGACACGGAAGCCAUCAAGUCGCUGCAGGUGGAGAUGUGGCCACUGUUGCCUGCUGAGCAGAACCACCUCCUUCACCUCGUUCUGCAAGAAACCAUCUCCCCCUCAGGACAGGGAGUCUGAUCCAUCCCGUUCACCCAAUGACUUUUUGCCCAGGCCGGGACUUUUUGCGUCAGUCACGUUAACCAGAUGACUUUGCCUGUUACCAAACCUCGCGCAUCCACGUUUGCGUCUGGGGAGGAAUAAAAAGACAUCGUUACCGCUUCUGCGUUUUGUUAUUCCUACUGCCGCCGUAGGAAUUAUUUCGUUGGCUGAACGUUACCAGCAUCCCAAGAACACAUUUUGAUAGAAUCAGAGUAGAGGACACGGUUGUCUUCUAAAAAGCCACGACAUGAAAAUGACAGUCCCUUUCGUCUCCUUCCUCCGCUGCUUCCACCCAACGCAGCCUCCUGCCUCCGCCUUUGUUUCAUAGUGAGGAUUUUAUUUUGCACGGCGCCCUCCCUCUAAAUACCUACCCUAGGUGAUUUCAUCCUGCCCCUCAUUUCUUAACAUAUUCCUGUGUCUUUGUAAUGGCCAAACUUCUCCUUCCACUCGUCCGCACGGUACGUCUUCAUGGGAGUCAUUUUAUUCCUUACAGCUUCCUUGUAACCACAGCCCUAAAUCCAUGAUAAAGCUACUCUUGUACUCCUCA